CGGCUUCCUGUCCUGUGUCAGGUCAAAAUGCUGUCUCUGAGGUUGCUGCAGCGGCUAAACCCCGUUUUACCUCAACAUGGAAACACAAGUUUAAGAAGUUUGACUUCACAUGUAGUCCAACAGAGAGAUGACACGCUCGUAAAAAUGGAAAACCCGUACAAAGAACCAGAGAAAGGCUGUGUCCUCUGCAACGUCAAGGUGGACUACAAAAAUGUUCAGCUGCUGUCCCAGUUCAUCUCCCCUCACACAGGCAGAAUCUAUGGCCGACACAUCACAGGCCUGUGUGGAAGAAAACAGAAGGAAGUCUCCAAAGCCGUAAAGAAAGCUCACUCCAUGGGUUUCAUGUCGGUGACCCACAAGCACCCACAGCUCAUGAGGGACCCCAACGUGUGUGGAAUCAAACAUCUGGAUUAGUGGAUCAGUGUGUUAUUUAAUCUGUGUUCAUGUGUUUAUUAAACCCUGUAAUUUCUGA